UUUUUUUUUAACAUCAAAUGCUUCACGUUGGAUUAGAAAAUCAAUAGUAAACAGUUUCCAUUGUGUUUCAGCUGUGAAGAAAUUUUAAAGUAAAAUAAAAUCUCGUAUCUAAAUGAGACGCAGUGUGUCUUAAGAUUGUUUUUGACAUGAUUAAAUAAAGUGAAUUAUAUUGUAGGGGAUACAACUCGUACAUUUCUGUCAAGUUUACUUGUGGAUACUAUUUAGCCUCGUUUCAGAUUACAGUUUGCUUCCAAUCAAGUUAUCUGUUCCUUCCAGUAUGUGUCUUAAAGUUAUUUCAGUCUUGGUGCUGUAUUUAACCAUUCUCUUUGCCAGUGGCCAAGAAGACUCAGUUUCAACAGAAGCUGUACCUGUCACUAAUAACUUGACCACAGUUGAAGACGGAGUGUUCAGUUCAUCCACACCCAAUGUCCAGUUGAACGUGUCCAGACAAACAACUACAUCCUUCAGUUCUGAUGUUUACACCGAGACUCAACAAAACGUCACUGCUGCCAGCACAAAGUUGCCUGGAAUAGAUUUCUCCAGUGACGGCAAAGCUCCAGAUUUAUUUUCCUAUUUAUUUGGAGACAUCCUGGGCGAGACACCUCUCAGCGACUGCAGCAAGACCGUCAGCUUGACGGACGUGACCAGCAGUAUACCACCAGAGGUGUAUCAAUACUUCAACAACGACGUCACGUUGAAAGGUAUAAUCAGCGCUCUGUUUUUACCGGAACUAGUGAAACAACUUCAAGACUUCUGCAAGCGAGGAGACUGGUGUUUAACUAAAACCGUUCAUCAGAGUGUAUUAGAAACCAGUAACAACUUCUAUAGAGUUGGCCCUUUCUGUUCUAAAGCAAUGUUACAGAGUCUGGAGAAUCUCAAAUUACAAACUAAUGCGUGCGACCAAAAGUCUUUGAAUUUCAUCAACGAUGCUGUCAAACUUCUAUGCGGUAUAGAAAGAAGCAGUCUGACGCUAGAAUGUUAUGCUCGUACUCUGGAAACACUGUACGUGACAUUUAGUGACUUGACUCAUCCGUCUGGAUCGACUAUGGACGAUUUAGUAAAAGAAGACUGCAAUGAUUUGCGUACUCAGAUGAUCAAUACUUACAUGUGUGCCGAGAAUGUCUGUGCUGAAGACAUUCAACUUAUUUUGAGGAAUUUUACUGCCUGGAAAGGUGUCCCGGCACGCACUGCCAGUAUCAUUGAGACCUGUAAUAUGACGAUCCAGUGUGAACUGGAGACCAGCAUGCCCACUGCUGUUGUAACCACGGUGAAUGUUACCCAGGCCACCACACUAUUUAGUGACGGGUUUGAAGACGAGGACAUAGACAAUUUGGAAGAUUAUGAAACUUUUCUCAAAAACAUUGAAGAGAUCCUUGAAGAGGAGGGGCAGGGUGUGCCCACCCUCAGCACGCCCAGAGAAUACUUCGUUGAUGAAUUGAAUGACAUAUACAACACUGACAAAGUGGAUAACAUAGUUGAUAACAGUGAUGAUACAUACAACAAUAACAAAGUUGAUAACAAAAUUGAUAACAGUGAGGACAAUGAUAAACAAAACUUUGGCAGUUCUGAGAAUAGUGACGCAUUUGAUGACCAGAACUUCAAUGCUGAUAACACUCAGGAUUCAGAGUCUGUUGAGGACAGGACAGUUAUGUUGGGCCUCAUCUCCAUGACUGUCGUCUUGGUACUUGGCCUUGUGGGUGUGGCCAUCGUGGGUUUCAAACGCUACCGCCGGCUCAGGUACAGCUCUCUCAGGCGAGGCUACUCCCAGCUGUCAGAGGAGGAGUCCAAGAUACUGCAGCACGAGUAUAAUUGAUUGAUUACUUCAGAGCUUUCUGGAGACGACGUGAAUCGAUUUGUCUUCCAGCUUUAGUUAUAAUUAAAACGUUUUCAUGUGAGAAGUGAAGAGGGAGAUAAUUUGUUCAUGUCUUACAUUUUUAGAUUACGUUUCAUUCUAAAGAUCUGAACUUUAUUUGAAUGAAUAACUUUAUAUAUAUAUAUAUAUUAUUUGAAUAAUGUAUCAAUCAGUCUCUUUUUUUUAACCAAAUUUCAUAGAAGAUAGUUGACAGACGUAAUUUAACUAUACCUUCUUCUCUUUUCCGCUUUAAAAAACUCCAAAAAAAAAUUAAAAUAUAGGAAAACCAAAGCAUCAUUCUUUGGUCAAUAAGAGGUAUGGAUACAAAAGUUCAAACUGUAUUUGAUAGAUCCUAUAAAUAUAUUGGAGUUAAGUAGUAUUAGCAAAACGUAUAUACCAAACAUUGUCUAAGGAAUUAAAUUAUCAGGAAAUUAUUAUUUCUAAAUAUUUAGAGAUCCAGAUACAAAGUGUAUUUGAUUUAUUUUUUAGUUUUAAAAUGUUCAUUUUAAAAAAGAUUUCAUUUACAUGUGCCAAUCUAGAUGAUCAUUAAAGCUAAAUGUACAACAAAGUAUUAUAACAGUUCAUUUGCUCUCUAGGUUGGCUGCAAGUGGGACAGAAAACUCUUCUUGUCUCAACACACUGGAAAAAAAAAGAUUCAGUGUGACCUAAUUAAGAUCUUUCAUGCUUUUCAUAUGAAGUCUAUGUGAUGUGAUCAGUAACUGAUGCUUCUGCUGAUACAUUUUUUUUAUGCCUAAGAAAUUUUCUACAACUUAUGCUUCCAGUAUUUUGUUUAAUUAUAUAUGAUUUAUUAAAGGACUGAUGAACAACUGUACAUAAUUAUGACUAACUGACACUGUAUUUUUAUGCUUUCACUUGUUUUUGACUUAAGCAUCAUAUUAUUGAGAUAACUUGCUGGUUUUAGUACAGCAAUUAUUUCAAAAAACUUUUUUUUUCAUCCAUGACUCACAUCUAACUUAUUGGUGAGAAUAUUUUUUCCAUUAAUAAUUUUUUUUCUAAAAUAAUAAGCACAAAAGUAAUUCCUAACUGGUUUUAAACUGUGAUCCAUUAUUUGUUCUCUGUUUCCUAUCUAAAACAAAAACAAAGUCUUGCUUUUUAAUUAUUUCAUUGAAAUGUUCAUUCUUUCUUUCACAAUUCUGCAGAUGCUAAAUAUAAAAAAAUUAAUUCUGUAGUUCUAGGCAUCAAAUGUUGAGGCUCUUAGAGAAGUUGAGUCAUAGAAAUAUAUAAAAGUUUUAUGCAAUAUUUAAACUGGAAAAUGAUAUUAUGGACGGAAUGCUGAAAAGAAUUUUGUCAAAAUAUGAAUUGCAUAUGAAUUGCACUGAAUCUAAAACAUUCAAGAGCAUUUAAAAAGAUUAAAAUAAAAAUGAUAGAGAUCUUGGAAAAAUUUUUUUUUUUACAGCUAAAAAUAUAACUUGUAAAGACCUUGUAUGCAUGUAAUUACCUCCAGUCUAUUGAUUGAACUAUUAUUUAUUUUACUAUGAAAGCUUGAUUUUAUCACAAUAAAUAAAAAAAUUAUUGUCUUUUUUUUUUU